AUGGACAUGUCUCAGUACGAAACGGUGCACAACCCUGGAAACUCUGUUUACACCUGUGCCAAGGUAGAGAACGUCAACCUCAACUCCAAGUACAAUGAGGUGGAAGGGAACCUGAAGGAUGUAGUGAAAGGGUACCCGGAAAUGGAGCAGCACCCCAUGUACCGUACAAGUAGCAACAAGUACGGUAGUUUGGGUCCUUGUCAUCAAACAACUCCUCAAACAUUCCACGGCAUCUCCAGUAAGUUCUCGGAACAUUUGAAUAAGAGUGGUAUGUACCGCAAUCAAAGUCUUAACACUUCCAUGGACGAGAAAAAUAUUUGA